ACUACCAAGUAGUAAAGCUACCUCUCCUAUCUUAAAAGCACUUGCUAUAACCUAAACUUCUUCUCUAAGUACUAGAAGUAGUAUACAGUAUACACACACAAUGGCUAUUAUUGUAGCUACUUCAUACAUCUCAAUUCUUUGCAUUCUUCUUAGCUUAUGCCUUAAAGGCACUUUUGGUGACUAUGGUGGUGGAUGGGAAAGUGCUCAUGCCACAUUUUAUGGUGGUGGAGAUGCAUCAGGCACAAUGGGAGGGGCCUGUGGUUAUGGAAAUUUAUAUAGCCAAGGAUAUGGAACCAACACUGCUGCACUAAGUACUGCUCUUUUCAACAAUGGAUUGAGCUGUGGAUCUUGCUACGAGAUGAAAUGUAACAGUGACCCUAAAUGGUGCCUUCCCGGUAGCAUAAUGGUCACUGCUACAAACUUCUGUCCACCAAACUUUGCAGAGUCUAACACCAAUGGUGGAUGGUGUAAUCCUCCCCUUCAGCACUUUGAUCUUGCUGAACCUGCUUUCUUGCAAAUUGCUCAAUACAAAGCUGGAAUUGUUCCUAUUUCCUUCAGAAGAGUCCCUUGUGUGAAGAAAGGAGGAAUAAGGUUCACAAUCAAUGGACACUCAUACUUCAACUUAGUUUUGGUGACAAAUGUUGGUGGAGCUGGAGAUGUACAUUCAGUAUCCAUCAAAGGAUCAAAGACUGGAUGGCAAACUAUGUCUAGGAACUGGGGGCAAAAUUGGCAAAGCAAUAACUACCUCAAUGGUCAAAGCCUUUCUUUCCAAGUUACUACAAGUGAUGGCAGGACAAUCACUAGCAACAACGUUGUGCCUGGUAAUUGGCAAUUUGGACAGACAUUUACAGGGGGACAAUUUUAGAAACACAAGUUUCAUUUCAAGUUAAAAAAAAUCUCCGAAAAUCUCCGAAGUCUAGAUUACCGGGGCCCCUUCCCCAGAGAACUAGAAGGUCAAUACAACAAAAAAAAAAAUAGUGUGUGUGUAAUAUAUUGCAUUGUUUCCUUUGUUUUAGUGGGAAAGUGUGAGGAAAUUAAAAGGUAGAUUAGGAGGAGUUAAGGCCAAAAUUUGGCUUAUAAUGCUGUGGUGGCAUAUAUGGCACCCGCUAGGCCUAGUAUCAUAUAAUAUAUAGUUUGUUUUUUGUUUCAUGAAGUGAUUAAAGGGAUGGUUAUCUCAACCUCCUUUGUAUAUUUGAUCCCAACAAUGGUAUAUACAAAACCAAUUUGGGAAAGUUUAUCAUAUUAAUUUAAUGAUGAAUUUUAAUUUCAAA